CCUCACACACAGUUUUAUAUAUAUAUAUAUACAUUUUUUUUUUUUUUUUUGCAAAUGUCAACAAGUCAUCGUCAAGUGAUGAUGGAAUCCUCUCUAGCUCUCGGAAGACUGGAGCUGACCCCCAGUUCAGGCGCUGUUGGGGUCAGCCUGACCCCGCGGCUCACCGGCGGCCACCCCGCGAAGGAGACGUGCGGUCAGCGGCCACUGGGGCCACAAGGCCCGGCUCAUCUGAACGGCUGCGUCCCGCUGUCACAUCAGGUGGCGGGUCACAAGUAUGGAGUGGAUACAGUGGGCAUUUUGCAGCAUCCAGACGGAACAGUCCUGAAGCAGCUUCAGCCUCCACCCAGAGGUCCACGAGAGAUGCAGUUUUACAGCACGGUGUAUGCAGAGGACUGCUGUGAUCCAUGCCUUCUGCAGCUCCAGAACCAUCUGCCCAAGUACUACGGCACCUGGUCCUCUCCUGACAGCCCCAAUGACCUGUACCUGAAGCUGGAGGACGUGACCCGGCGCUUCGUCAAGCCGUGCAUCAUGGACGUGAAGCUGGGCCGGCGGAGCUACGAUCCGUUCGCCUCGCAGGAGAAGCGGGAGCAGCAGAUCAGGAAAUACCCACUGAUGGAGGAGAUAGGCUUCCUGGUCCUCGGCAUGAGGGUUGAAACUGGUUUACUGGCACUCCACUAGAACUGAUCUGAACAACAACUCGGAGUAAUGCAAGUGCAAAUGGGAUGAAAGGCACACAUAUGCACUGUCCUUUCCAUCUUUGAGAAGUUCAAAUGUAAUCUUCUUCUUCUUUUUUUACAGUAUUCAUGGUAGUUCAAUGGAGAACUACCAUGAAUGGUGCUUUGGGGUCUCUGUAUUAAUUAUUAUUAUUUUAUAUUAAUUAAUUAUUAAAACUGAAUUUGAAGCUCUGUGUGCAGAAUGACAAGAAUAUAUUAAUCCAAAGCUGGUGACAAAACCCUAGAACUACGGAUCAGGGAGGUCUGUCACACUGCAGCCGAUACGUUGCCUUCGAAAAGGUUGUUUUAAAGUUUAGAUGUGUAUGUUGCAACCGCUGCCGUCAGGAGGCCUUUACACACCGAAGACGUGACGAAUAAACAACAUGAUAAUGCAAAAAUUCUGUCCUGCAAAUAUUUUUCAUCACACCGGCGGUGAUGCAGAUUUGAGACAGUGGCAACACUUUUUUAUAAAGGUUUGAAUGGAGUCAUACAGGCAGAGGGUCCAGAGCAGCGUCUGGAAGGCUGUCUGAGGUAAACUGUUGCUCUGAGGGAAUUUGAGUUCCCUCUGGUAAAGAGUUACGCAAUGUGUAUGUCCAAGGCUUUUAUUGUGAAAGGUAAGAAGAGAAGGCGUAGAUCUGGUCUGUUCGCCUUUGUCAAGGUUGAAAGGAGUAAUAAAGUUUUCCGUCUUGGUUGGGAGUAUGGAGCCUCCGCCUUGAUGAACAUUAUAAGUUUCGAAUGUGUCCGUUCCGCACAACGUGAUUGGUCGAUGCCUUUAUUCGUUAAGUACUCAAGAAAAAAAAAAACGGUUUAAAAAUAAAUAAAUAAAAGUAUGUGAAAACUAAUCACACAAAAUAACUGUAAGCUUAAUUGUAUUAAUUUGCUUGUACUCCGAUCACUUUUAAGCUCCAUACAGUAAAUGUCAACACUUGUUGCACAGAUGUGCAAAACAAUUUACAACUCUACCAGGGGGCACAGACAGGAAGUAAACAAAAUACAUUUAACAAACAGUGCAGCAGUGUAGAUAAAUGUAUAUACUACUAACACAAAUCUUUAAAUAAAAGCAUAGUUUUCAUAGCUUUAUACAUAUCUGCUAUUAACAUGAUAGCAGAAGUAACUGAUAACACCUUUCAUACGCGGCGUGAUGAACAACAUAAGGUGCUGUUGAACCUCCUGAAGCAGGUCAAUGAUUAACUAUCUGAAAUAUGUUGACAUUGUUGACUGAGCGGUACAGCCCAUAAUGCACACGCACACACACACAGUGGAGCAUGUAAAUAGCUGCUAUUCAUCUGUUUGUUGAAUCUCUGUAGAAUCCGACAGUGCAGCAGUAAACACGCCUCAUGAAGAGUCAGAUAGAGAAACCUUUAUCGCUUCCAUCAGUUUCCAUUACAACUUACUGACAGCAUCAUCAUCCGUUUUCAUGCCUGCAGCAGGAAGCAAACGAAUUUGCGAAUUUGCAUUAAUUUCUACGAAGUUAAUGCUGUGUUCAUAUUGAGGUGGAACACUGGGCGUUGAAUUUGAAAGGCACGGCAGAAAAAAGAACCCAUUCAAAAAUAAGUUGUCAAAGUUGUUAAUGGCAGCCAUUGGGUGGGACAACAGUCCAUAAAUAGAUAUAAUAAAUAUCCACAUUUAUCACCAUGACCUUACAUAAGAGGGAGGGUAACCGAUGAAGGUAUGGGUGAGAGUGGCUGGUAUUCAGCUAAUGAAAUGUGUCAUUUAUUACUAACUGCAAGUCUUUGUGUACUGAACCCGCCGAUUGAUGGUUUGACCUGAUCCUCAGUGUAAACCUUAUGGCUGUAUGUCUCCACCCUUUGUACACCGUAGCGCUCUGACUUUUGUUCAUAUGUUCUCUAUGGAUUCCUGUACAGGAGGUCAACUUCAUGUUUGAUGUGUGCUACAGCAGCGUGGACUGAGAAGUGACAGCGUAUUACUGUAAAACAUGCACAUUUAAACUACUACCCUGCACACGGCCAACUUUCUCUAGCAGGAAUGUAUGCGGAGGGUGCUGAAUUAUCCCGUAUUGUCUAAUGUGCUGUAGUGUAAAAAGGAACUUAACUUUAGGCAGUACCAAUCCACAGUUUUAUAUGAACAACAGAUCAGAUGAUUAUUUAUAAUGUUUCAAAAAGAAGUCUGGUUGUAUAGAAGUCUAUGAGAAAAUGACUCUACUUCUCUCUUGAUUUAUUACCU